GAUGGAGCGCUCGCUGCCGCUGCUGCUGCUGCUGCUGCUGCCCGGGGCGCGGCCGCCCCCCGCCGCCGGCGCGUCCCCGGCCGCCUGCGGCCCGUGCGCGCCCGCCGCCUGCCCGCCGCUGCCCCCGCGGGGCUGCGCGCUCGGGGAGACGCGCGACGCGUGCGGCUGCUGCCCGGUGUGCGCCCGCGGCGAGGGCGAGCCCUGCGGGGGCGGCGCGGGCGGCGGCGGGCACUGCGCGCCGGGCAUGGAGUGCGUCAAGAGCCGCCGCCCGCGGCGCAAGGGCCCGGCCGGCGGCCCCCCCGGGGCGGCGGCGAGCGGCGUGUGCGUGUGCAAGGCGCGCUACCCGGUGUGCGGCAGCGACGGCGCCACCUACGCCAACGCCUGCCGGCUGCGCGCCGCCGCCCUGCGCGCCCAGAGCCGCGGCGACCCGCCCGUCGUCCAGCUCAGCAAGGGCACCUGCGAGCAAGGCCCUUCCAUCGUGACGCCCCCCAAGGACAUCCGGAACGUCACGGGCGCCCAGGUGUACUUGAGCUGCGAGGUCAUCGGGAUCCCAACCCCGGUCCUCAUCUGGAACAAGGUAAAAAGGAGCAACCAUGGAGUUCAAAGGACGGAACUCUUACCUGGUGACCGCGACAACCUGGCCAUCCAGACCCGAGGUGGCCCCGAGAAGCAUGAAGUAACUGGCUGGGUGCUGGUGUCUCCUCUGAGUAAGGAGGACGAUGGAGAGUACGAGUGCCAUGCAUCUAAUUCCCAAGGCCAGGCUUCGGCGUCGGCCAAGAUCACAGUGGUUGAUUCCUUACAAGAAAUACCAGUGAAAAAAGGUGAAGGUGCUAAGCUACAAGCCUGAAGAACAUAUUAGUCUAUGUAGCUAAAACUUAAUCAUAGAUAACCCAUGUUCUUACCUUAAUGACAAGUUUUUUAAUGCCAAUCCACUAACACGCUAGUAAUGCUCACAGGUUUUUUAUAUAAAGAAAAGCAAAUUAAAGAUAACACAGGCUGGAAACAUGGAUCAGUGAUAGAGCGCCUGCCAGCAAGGGCAAAGCCUAGAGUUCAAACCCAAGUACACCCAAAAACAAUAAAAACAACAAGAGAGCACAUCAAGACAUCUACAAAAAUUUAUUACCUAUUUACAUGCAUAUCAAUAAAACAAAUAAAAUGCUUUUAACUGCAA